GGAAGUGAGAAAGAGUACUUACGGCGGCAUCACGUUUAAUGAUCCUGAAAGUCUGUUAUCUCUGGAAAGCCCUCCUGCCACCCUUUUAGAUCCUUUAUCCCCGUGCUUAUUUUUUAUUUCCCCCUACUCCCGUUCUUGGAUGUUGGUUGGAAAACUGUGUCGCGAAUGGUAUAUCACGGAACGUAUGCGUCGAUUAGACUUUGAGUAAUUUUCAAAGGAAAUCGAUCUUUCUUGGUUGUGAGUCAAAAAAUCUAUAUGUCCAUGUAAGUCAUAGCGACCACUUACAAAGAAGCGCGUGGACUUGUCGCAUCUUCGAUAGAGUUGUUACGCGAAUGGGAGGGGAAAAUGUUGCCGCAAAGCGCAUCUUCACUCCGCAAGGACUGGAUGCAGAUCCUGAUCGGACUUAUUUGGUUCACCGUCAUUCUGAUCAUGUUGCUGGCUAAGAUGAAAGCGGUCCAAGAUGGGCUCUUGUUGGUCUUCCUGUGUGGUGCGACGGCUGUGCAGAAUUCCGAGACCAUAUUGCCAUGGGCAACAAAGGACCAGCGAGUCGCAAGGAAUUUUACCGCACUCCAGAAGCACCUAAAAUACGAAUGUCUCUUUGUGACACUGCUCUCGUGGGCAGUCCUGGAGUUCGUGCACACAGGAAGGACUGCAAUUCCAAGUGCCGGCGGAUGGCUGUAUUUUGGCUGGACCUACCAGCUAGUAAGCCUUUUGGUUCACCUGAGGCGGCCGACGUGGCUUUUGAACCCUGUGGUUGCGGUAGGUCUCCGGCACGGUACGAGACACUUGCAAAGAAUAGUACUCUCGGACUUGCAGAUGUGGAUGUACGUGGUUUUCGAGGUACCACGGGUUACGUUUCCUUUUGAAUAUGUGGACUCACAACAACUGCGCCAGCUCUAGUCUUUUUAAAUGUGAUCCCCUUCCGAACCCGAAGGGAUCGGUUGUGGUCGACGUCUGAGCUAAGAAGAUCUAAAAUCUUGUCCCUCUGAUAUUGGUCUCCGUGGACCAUUCCCUCGUUUGGUCUCUUGGCAAGCUCAAUAUCUUUGAUUGAUGGUAAUGCUGCACCAUCGGCACGUUUACGGUGAUGAGAAACGUUCGUUCUCACGAUGGUCUUCUGGAUGUCUAACGACUCUGGAGACAAAACAACUAACCCAGCUCUCUGAGAAGCAAGGUGUCUGGUUCAUACUUGGAGAUCAGGAACUUCAUUCGGUCGGAAGAUCGACGGUGAUCUUCAUGUGUAGUUUCAGCAUGAUGAGAAAAGUUCACGAUGGUCUUCUGACGUCCAAGGACGAUGAAGUCCAAAGAACGCACCCAGCCAAUCUGACAGUUUCGGUCUUACUUUUCUCGCAGACGGGAAGAUGAAGGACUGCCAAUUUUUGAGAAAAUCCGGCUCACCAAAGACUGACUGUCUAAACCAAAUUCUACCACAGGCACUCGGAAUGUUCUUAGGACUAGUGCUUCAUUGCGUGCGGACCUCUGAUACGGAUCACUUGUCGCUCUUUCAUACUAUGGAGCCGGAUUUCAGGUCGGCGAUGGAAGUGGGCGUAGCCUCUCUCGUAAGUUAUGUUCUGGUGCGCAUAACUGCAAAAAGAACAAUCGGAACCACCAAAGAAGCGUAACCGAAAAUGGCGCAGUUCAGCUUUCCGUUUGAGCUUCUUCAGCGCAUUCUGCACGAGUCGGCGCUGAUGAAUAAACCGCUUUUCGCCACCGCAGAGGCGCAAGUGCCUGCCAACAUGCAGCACCUUGGUCACAUCGUAGAUUUCGGUGCGGAAGAUGUGUCAGAGGAGUUUGCCCUGUUUGUGAACGCACUACGCAAAAACAUGCGGGGAGAUCGACCCAUGAAAUUUGCCCAACAGCAUCUUUCAGACGAGGCGGCUUGCGGCAAAGUGCUUCUGUAUAAAUAUGGAAAAGCAGCGGUGGGG